ACGGAAUGGACACUAAAAAUAUUUCUGGAAUGACGUGACCCUCUCUCGCCCCAUCCAGGAAAGGGACAAGGCUUCACAAGAAACAGCACAUGCUUUCCUUUCAUUUCUGGAAGUCCCGGGGUCAACCUACAGAUGCUGCUUCUUCCGUGGCCGAUGGCAUUCAGACUCCUCGCUGCUGCCGACGGUGCCAGGCAAACAACUGGACAGGACAGCUCAGCUACAGAACACUGGCCACAGUCUCGGCCAGAGCAGCAGCCCCCCAGCCACAGACUACCUCCACCGCCUCAUCCAGGAGCCUUCCCACCUCCCUCAGGCUUGCUGCGGCCCCGCCACAGGGGCUGAAGAACUGGGAGGUGGUGGCAGCAGUGGCAGCGGUGCCUACAGCCUUGGGGCCAGUCCAGAUACGUGGGACCCUGCUUCGGGCAACUCUGCAGCCCCUCCGGGGCCAGAGACGGACCCAAGACUUCCCCAGCAAUCACCAUUGUCUCUUCCUGUCGCUGAAACCUGGGCAAGGGCUCAUAAUGGAAGCUGCCCCUCCUGAGCUGAAUUCGAAAGCAAGACAGGCGGAGGUGGGGGACGGGGUGAGCAGUGCUCAAGACAGCCAGGAGCUCAAGCAGCAGCUGUGGCCACUUCCCAAGCCUUCAGCCUCCUCCCAGCGAGAAGCGAAAUAUGUGGACAUGUGUGCUUCAGCUGAAGUCCAGAGGGAGAGUCCCUGGACCAUGAAACUUACCCUGGGGCACUGCCCUGGGGCUCAGAGGGCCUCUAGGAGCCCAAAGGAGAAAGCCCAAGAUGAACCCAGCAGUCAAAAGUGCAAGACUCCAAGCCCCCAGAACAAUCCUGCCUCCUCCGAACUCUCUAGAUCCCAGCACUCUGCCUCUGAAGAGGGUGGCAACUUCUCAUCUUCCUCAUCCUCCUCCCCGAUGAACAAAGCAGAAGAGGAUGGCCUUUCCAAAAUGGAGGACUCCACCACAUCCACAGGGGCUCUGGCCACCUCCUCUUCAUCCUUAGGCUUCGAGAGUGAGAGUGGUGAAAGUGAAGGUUGCCAGGCCGUGGGAGGAGAAGGAGAGAAAAUAUCAGGAGGAGGGGGAGGAGGAAAAGGAGGAGGGGGAGGAGAGGCAGGAGAUGGAACAGAGUGCAGGGACAUUAUUGCCAAGUCCCAGGGCAGCAGGGACCCCCCCAAAGUCGAAGAGGCUCACUACAUCACCACCCAUGAGAUCCAGCUGAGUGAGGUGGAACAGGACAUGGAUUUCGACGUGGGACUGGCCUCCCGCUGGGAUUUCGAGGACAACAACGUGAUCUACUCGUUCGUGGAUUAUGCUUCCUUUGGUGGCAGCGACGAGACCCCAGGGGACAUCACCAGUCUGACCGAAGAGGACGACGACAACAGCUGCUACCUCAGCACCACUCCCAGCACCAACACCACCCGGACGCCCAGCCCUACCAGCAGCGACCUGGCCCGCCCCAAUGCAGGCCGCAGUGGCCGCGACACCAGCAGCACCGAAGUGGGCAGUGGCCCCUCUGACAGUGGCCCCACUCCCCCACCCACUGGGCCUGGCACUGCCCCCCUGACUGAGCCCUUGCCUGAGACCCCGGAGGCAGCUUCAGGGGCAGCAGCCGCCGCCGCAAGCAGCUGUGGGAGUGCAGCAAGCCAGAUCCUCCUAUCAAUCAAACCGGCUUCCCGGGCUAUAAAUGAGCCUAGCAACGUGCGUGCAAAGCAAAACAUUAUUUAUGCUGCCAAGCAUGAAGGCGACAUGAGCCUCCGCGUCUCUACAGCUGCUGAACACAAUUCAAGUUCGCUGAAGCAAAACCCGGCUGCAGCAGUGGCUCAGGACCAUGCAAAGAAAUUCAUUGCUGUACCUGCUCGCCUGCAAACCAGGUGCGGGGCCAUCCGGGCGAAGGAGCUGGUGGACUACUCCAGCGGAGCCUCCAGUGCCGUGAGCGAACUGGACGAUGCGGACAAAGAGGUGCGUAACCUGACCUCCCGGGCCUUCCGGAGCCUGGCUUACCCCUACUUUGAGGCUCUGAACAUCAGCUCCCGGGAGUCCUCCACCACGCUCUCCGAAGUGGGCUUUGGGCGCUGGUCAACUUUCCUGGACUUAAAAUGUGGGGGUGUUGGGGCCAGGGUGGAGCAGAGCCUCCUCAGGAGCAGCGCGGCCUCUGUGGCUGCAGGUCUGAGGAAGGGCAGUGGGGCCCGGGCCGCUGCCGACCAGCUCUACAUCCAGUCCAAGAAGUCUCAGACCAAGGCCUUGGAGUUCGUGGUCAGCAAAGUCGAGGGGGAAAUCAAACAUGUGGAGACGCCCCUGUGUUUCCAGAAGCAGGUCCAGACGGGCUCCCGCGUCGUCACCCUUUUGGAGCCCCUGAAUGUACGCAGUGAGAGCAAAGCCAGCUCGGCCCCUGGGCCCGGCAGGGCCACCAAAGGCCCCGGCAAGGGUCCCGGGUCGGCAUACACGGACGACGGCUCUGAGACCUCAGAGGGCAGCAAGCCCACCUCCCGCGCCGAUGGCCCCCAGAAGUCCAAGUUCGCCUCCAGUCUGCUCAAAAAUGUCAUUUCCAAGAAGAUGCAGCGGGAACACGAGUUCAAAAUGGAGAGGGGAGAAGUCACGGAUACAUCCCACCACCUCUCAGGCACCUCCAAGGAGACGGAGGGCGCCCGCGGGAGCGAGAGGCAGCGAGAGAGGGGCCUGCAGAGGCAGAGCUCUCGUCACUCCGAGGCCGGCUCCGAGUACACAGUGGUCAGCAUGUCCGACGCGGGCGGGGAGGGGUCCGUGGCGGGCUCCAAAUCCCCAGUCUUCAAAGCCAGUACUCCUCGUGAGCGCAACGCAGGCCCUGGCCGGAAUUUCACCGAUGGACACACAGAAGUGUGUGAAAUUAAAAAGAGUGCCUCAGAGACCGUCAAGGGCAUCUUCCUCCGUAGUCAGAACAGUGCGUUCCGGUCAUGGAAGGAGAAAGAGGCCGAGAAGCGGGAGGAACAAGCCCCUAUAGGGAAGCUGAAGCUGCCCAAAGGAGGCGACUGGCGGGCUGAUCUCGGGGAGAUUUCUGCCAGCAAGAACACCAUCAUGUCUCGCCUCUUUGUCCCCAACAUCCAGCAGACACCCAAGGACAAGCAGCCGAGGAAGCAGGCCACCAAGUACCCUGCUGCUCAGGCCACCUCCACAGCGGUGAUCAGACCCAAGGCUCCCGAAAUCAAGAUCCGGCUGGGGAGUGUGCAGCAGCCGAGCUCAGACUUCAACAUUGCCAAGUUGCUCACGCCCAAGCUGGCCGGUGGCAGCGCCUCUAACCUGUUCAAGACCAUCGAGGACAACAGCAGGGCACAGCAGAAACUCUUCCGCGGGGACAACCUAGAAAAAGUGCCCCAUUUCCAGGUGAGAGACAUCAGAGACAAGUCCAAGGCUCAAGGCCCCCUCCACCAGGUGAGAGAUGUCAGGAAACUAAUUAAAGGGUCAGGGGAUAGUAGUGACAAGGGCAGUGUUACCCCAGAGCAGGGGCUGACUGGACCCAAACCCAGGCAGCUGUCUGCAGCAGCUGGCGGAUCUGGAUCCCUGUCCCCCAUGGUGAUUACAUGCCAGGCUGUAGUGAACCAGAGGGAAGACAGCAUGGACCGAGAGCCCAGGGAAAGCAUGGGCAAAGGGGGCGGCAGCAGAGUCUUGAAUUCUUCCUCCCCAGAAGGGACAGUCUUGGUUCACAGGGCAUCUGGCAGGCUGCCUGUGGCUACCAUUGCCCCCAAUAAGCCCGAGCAGGGCUCAUACCUGCCUGUGCUCAAGAUUGUCUCCAAGGCUUCCACCCAGAAGACCCCAGAGAAGCUCAAGGAGGAGGAGGUCAAGGAGGAAGGGAAAGCCACAAAGCCAGCCCGGAAUGCCCUGGAGAAGCUGACUGCAGCCGUGAGGUCCAUGGAAGAGCUGUACAGCUUCAACAGGAACGAGUGGAAGCGCAAAAGCGACCCCUUGCCUAUGAUGAUGGACAGCCACGUGCUGUCGCUCAUUGCCAGUGAGGAGAGGGAAGGGGUAGUGGUUGCUGAUGGAGACCACGACAAGCUGUCCAAACGGCUGGGUGAGGUGGAAGAGCGGGGUACAGGAAACAAAGCUGGUGUGGUCCUGCGAGGGGCCCCCGUAGAACGUCUGCAGCGGAGAAACUCCAACCCCAGCACUGAGAGUGUGCCUGCCAGGGCAGCGGCCUUUGAGAACCUGGCCAGGGAAAGACCCCGAUCUCUCUAUAUUCCCCCAGUCCACAAGGAUGUGGAGAGAACCCAACCCCUGCAGCCCCUCCCACCACUCCCUAGCAACCGGAACGUGUUCACAGUGAGUGCCAGCAGCAUCCAGAAAACUGGGGGUGUCGCUGGCAAGUUCCCACAAGGGCCUUCUCCGGAGAGUCCUUCAGCAGCUAAGGGCAUCAAGUCGCAGGGACUCCGGUCCCUCAAGAUCUCUCCAGCCACCCGGGCACCUCCUGAUGAGGUGACCAACAGGAAAAGUGGCAGCAAUUUGGAGAAGAGCAACAGUGACUGUGAGAAUUACCUGACCAUCCCUCUUAAAGGAAGCUCUGCUGCAGGGGAGCUUCUUAGCAGGCCUGGGGCUUCCAGGGAGGGGCCCCCCAACUCCUCAGCUGCCACUCUCUGUAGUUUACCCCCACUGAGUGCCCGCAGUCAGGUCCCCAGUAGCUCCAAAGGCUCUCAGGUUAGUGGAACCAGCCGACCAGCUUGGCGUACCAAACCUGACAACCCCCGGGAGACAGUAGCUGCCCCCCCAGGGCCACAGAGCCCCGAGCAUCCCCCCACCACCAUCUACCACCAGCCGCCGCUGCCCUUCACCCUACAGGGGGCCCAGCCCCAGGUCCUCUGCUUCUCCCCACCCAGCAUGCCUGCCCCAGCACCUGCAGGCUCAGCUCCCGUCCCCACAGACCCCUUCCAGCAGGCACAGCCUCAACAGACCCAGCGUAAGAUGCUCCUGGAUGUGACAACAGGCCAGUACUAUCUGGUGGACACACCAGUACAGCCCAUGACCCGGAGACUGUUUGACCCUGAGACAGGGCAGUAUGUGGAUGUGCCCAUGACCUCCCAGCAGCAGGCUGUGGCUCCCAUGUCCAUCCCUGUGCCUCCCUUGGCCCUGAGUCCUGGGGCUUAUGGACCCACCUACAUGAUUUACCCUGGGUUUCUGCCUACCGUGCUGCCCACCAAUGCUCUGCAGCCCACACCAAUUGCUCGCACUCCAGGAGGCAGUGAGCUCUCCCCAGUGGUGGCAGAACCUUCCAGCAAAGAGGCAGCUGCAACGUUCACCGAGGCCCCAUACUUCAUGGCUUCUGGUCAGUCUCCGGCCUCCUCAUCCUCCUCAGCCCCAGCAGCCACAUCCCAACUCCUAGGGGCCAAGGGCUUUGCCCAGCUGCAUGGCAAGCCUGUCAUCAGCAUUACUUCGCAGCCCCUGGGGCCACGGAUCAUUGCUCCCCCUUCCUUUGAUGGCACCACCAUGAGCUUUGUGGUAGAACACAGAUGAUGAGCAGCCACCAGGAAGCGGAAUGAAAAACUGCUGGAGCAAGACAAAAAGAUGGACUAUUCUUCUUUAAUCUGGAAUUUGCAUUGUAAUAGCACUAAGAAUUAUUUCAUCUGAAAAACUUCUUCCACAUGUGUUAUUCUUAAUUUUUGCUUCUUAUAAGCUAAGUGUGUAAGUUUCUAUAUUUUUCUGAACAAUCCUCUUAAGGCAGUUUUUAUUUUAAUUUUA